CUUCACAUCACACGGUAGUGGUUGAUCUGUGAGUUGAGGUGUCAACAGCUCAGUGGACACAGCGCCACUGGUCGUGUUUGUCAAAGUCAAGAUUCCAGAAGCAAAUAAGAAAAUGUCAUCUGGGGGCGACUUCUUGUCUUGUUGGGGGGGCAUCAUCAACUAACCAUCCCAGAGUUGUCAACGUUAACAGAAAGCGUGGAGGUUUCAGCCAUGAUCGCCACCUGCUCGUGUUGGCACAAUCGUCAUCAAUCAGAUCAGAUACCAUCCCCUGCCUGAUGGGAAAGGGCUCAUUUUGGUCGUCCCACCCUCGUUUAUAAUUCUAAAAGAAAACGAUCUGGGUUACAUCAAAUUUUGAUUUUUAUCCAUUUGUCAUCAUUUGCGUCUGCCAUGUUUUGGGUUCCUGAUUCAAGACAGGGACUUCACCUGAUACUUCUCAGACCCCGGAGCUUUUGUCAAUUGAAAUUGGAUGGAUGGCCAUGGCCAUGGCCAUGGUAGGACUUACAUGAAUCGGAUGCAGGCAAUGCUUGCUCCCCUGUUAGACCCGUGAUCAUGGGGAGGUCAAAAUGUCCCUUUUAGCGAGUGAUGUUUUGACCCUUUUUCGAAUUUUUUGUCUUUACCUCGCCAGAUCUUGCACGGCCCGAAGAAGGGGGGAAAAUUUGUUUGCUUGAUAUGUUUUGUUGCAUUGGUGGGUCGUGUGGAAACUACAGGCCAAGAUGGACAGACCGACCCCUGCGGUGAAGAUUAGGCAAACGCAGUGACGCAGCAAACCCCAUCAUUUGGUGUUGCUUUUGAUAGAUUCUUGAUGAAUAAAGAAGUCACGAACGCGACUGUAGACAAUCAAGUUGUGCGUAAUGGUGGACCUUUAAUCAUGGUUCAAAUCCCCCCUUGGUCUCCCUCAUCCUCCAGCCUUUUGAUAAAAUGUCUCUGAGCCCGAUGAUAUGGAGGAGACCGCGAAUGAGGUUAAAAGCAAUCGACUUUGAGCCUUUUCUAGUGUCAGCAUGACCUUUCCAACGUGAUAAUUCUCGGGUAGACCAGGAGUAAUUCGGUGUCGCAUAAGCAAGUCCGUCAAACAUUAGGCGAUUGUUCUCUGAAUAUGGGUGGUGUUAGGAGGGCAAAAUCGAAAAGUUUUGGACUAUCUAAGGGCGACCCAGAAGAGUUUGUCCAAGACUGUUGCGCCUGACGAAAAGAGAAAAGUGCUCAUGCCCUUUGCCUAUGAUUGAAAAUCUAGGAUUUGGGGCUGGUUCUGCAUGACCGCUGAGUCUCUCUUUAAAGUUUUCUACCUCAAGCCAUCACACCAUUCACUGCCCUUUUCUAGCUUUUCCACCUUCUUUUUUGUGACGGACUUCCCAUUUUCUAUAUUGUAUCCGAGAAACAAACAAAGAUGAAAAAUCCCCUGUUUCAGGGACUCCUGUGGCGCAAAAGAAAUUCAAAGCAGGACCCACAGUCAUCAACAAAUCAGGGGCGAUGGAACUCUCCUGAGGCCUUGAGAGCUGCAUAUUAAAAUCCAUGCCAUUCAUGCUUCCUUCUCUUCGGAAGAAAGGCAGGUACUCUUCAGCUCUGCCUUCUGUUUUUUUUUAUUUUAUUCGCUUUUGAACUCUGUUGCUCUUCAAAUGCCCAUCUUUCUUGUCCAAACAACAAGAUGAAUUCGCAAGCGUGCACUGCCGAUGUUGCAAUUGGUAGAUACGUCCAAAGCGAGCUUUUUCGCUUCUGCUGAAUUGAGUGGUCAGUCUUCCAAGUUUGAGAGCUAAAAAAAAAUGUUUAGGAUUGCGUAUGAGAGGAAGCAACAAGAUGGAAGCUUGACAUAUGCUCCUCCUCAGUCACCUCUCACUUCUUUGUCAAGUCCUUUCAUCAUGAACUACAGCACAGAAUCCACUCCGGAACCAUCUUCUACUCGAAUUAGCCCCGCACUUCUUCUGUUCAUAGUAAUUCUAGCUGUUGUCGUCUUCAUUUCCGGUCUGCUUCAUCUGCUCAUCAGAUUCCUCAUGAGGAGGCCAUCUACAUCCAUCUAUGACUCCACUAGGUACACGGAGAGCUCGGACUCUCAUGUCCUUCAGAGGCAGCUUCAGCAGCUCUUCCGUUUGCACGAUUGUGGCCUCGAACAAGCUUUGGUUGACGCUUUGCCCGUUUUCUAUUACAAAGAAAUCAUCGGGUUGAAGGAACCAUUUGAUUGUGCUGUUUGUUUGUGUGAAUUCUCCCAAAAUGACAAGCUCAGGCUGCUUCCCACGUGUAGCCAUGCUUUUCAUAUAAGUUGCAUCGACACAUGGCUUCUUUCCAAUUCAACGUGCCCACUUUGUCGUGGGUCUCUCGUGAACACGGAUCUCUUGGCUGGCCCGCGAGCACUCAACUUAGAUGAUUCUUGGAGUGUGCCCAGUGCAUUUCCCAUUGAUGUGGAGAAUUCAGUUCAUUGUGGUCCAAAACUAGCUAUAGAUGAAGAAAAGGGCAGCCAAAAGAGGGUCUUUUCUGUAAGGCUUGGAAAGUUUAGGAGCUUAAACGAGGACGAAGAGAGCGUAGAGAUAAAAGAAGAGACUAGUAGUUGCUAUUUGGACUCGAGAAGAUGCUAUUCAAUGGGUUCAUAUCAGUAUGUGGAGGGUGAUAUGGAUCUGCAAGUGGCUUUAUCCACUUCUUGCACGCACAACAGGAGGGUUGUUUUGAAGAAUGGAAAUGCGAGAGGGCGACAAUAUCGGAUCUCUUCAGGGGAUGAAGAGGGGAAGAAGAUUAGUGGGAGGUCAAGACGAGAAAGCUUCUCUGUUUCCAAAAUCUGGCUUUGGUCUAAGAACAGCACAGGCCCGAGUUUUCCGAAUGCUCAUGUUGUUGUCACUCGUCAACCGGCAGGAGUACCGAAUGAUGGUACAAUUCAGGAAGUUUGAUUUUUGUUUCCAGACGUAAUUUACAUAGAUUACUGCAGACCCCUACAUUUUCAUGUUUCUUCCUAGCUAUCUCGAAUAUAUUCUGAGAUGUCCCAUUUAGGAACCAUUUAGCCUAGGUGCUGAAAUGAGAGAUUCUUCGGUGACUUCUCUAGUUCACAUAGUAGCAAUCAGGUAUUUUUUCCAAUAGCUAUCUUCUUGUUAUCUUUAAUUCCUGCGAAUCUCCCGGCAAAUUAAAGAAUCAAUGAAGAUGCUUGAGCUUUUCU